AAUAUGUUUGGCUAGAUGAAACAUGUUUUUGUUCUGAUGUCGGUAAGGUAGAAUGCUUAUAUGAAAUAUUGUCGAAAAUUCAACAUGGCGUCGAAAUAUUUUUGUACGAAGUGACGGUCGAAGUAUGUCCGUGAUAUCUUCAUAUCAUUCUCGUGGAUUAUCAAUUUAAGGAAUAAUUUUGACCGAUCCACUCGAAAAGAUGGGUAAACAUAAUAAAAAUAAAGCUAAAAGCUACAACCAGAAUGACGUCAGAUUGGCCCUUUCACAUAUUAAAAAAAAGAAAAUGUCGGUGCAGGGGGCUUCCUUCUUUUUCGAAGUUCCUGAGGAGACCCUCAAAAAAUUGCUUAAAGUCAACAAGCUCGAGGAUGAAAAACCUAAACAAAGGCCUAAAAAAAAAUCCAUUUUGACUCCAGAAUUGGAACACGAGCUAGUCGAUUAUGCAGUAAAUAUGGGCACAAAAAUUUGUGCUGCAAAGACCAAAGAGCAACAAAAAAAUUUGGAAGAAGAUCUGGCAACUAAAAGUAUAAACUUGGAUUGUUUCAAGGCUCCACCUCAGGUGAAGUGGCUGAAGGUUUUCGUCAAGAGGGAUGGAGAUAAAUUUCCAUUUUAUAUGUUCAAGGUCACUCCCUCUGACUGCACUCAUUUUAUUAGCCAAAAAAACACAAAAGCUAAAAAAACUGAUCGUUCCGUCGAUGGAAUAUCAUUGAGAGACAAUUUCCCGCCGAACACGGGAUGUGUUUCACCUCCGCGUGAAUCUGAAUAUAUAUUACCUCAUGAUUCUGAAGAAGUGGAUCAUGAAUUAGAAUCAAGAGAUGCUGAAGUCUUGGAAAGUGCACCAAGGAGACAAAAAAGUGACAGAGUACAAAUUAAGAGAGAAGUAGUGGAACCGAUUGAAGAAGAGGAAUUCAGUGAAAGGUAUGAAGAGGUUGAAGAAGAAGAAGAACCAAUGGAGAGAAGAUUAAUAGAAAAUGCGACACUGGUCUUGAAAGAGGAACUUAAUAUCGAAGAAUGGAUAGAAUUCGAAAAGACUAAAGCGAAAGUUAACAACACGAUAUGCGAUGAUUCGGAAUCUCUUGAUAAAAUGAGAAGGAUGGAGGAUUUAAGAAGAGUAUCUGCAGAAUAUAUCGCACCAGAAGAAUUAGUAUUGGAUAAAGAUCCUGGGGAUCUCGAAUUACAUGAAUUCAUAAAAAUGGAUGAGGAAUGUACUGAACUGAUAACGCGGCAGCAAUUAAGGAAAAAAAAAGAAAAAUACCCCUGCAUGCGUAAAAAGAAAAAGAGAAAACGAGUCAAUGCCAAACCAGAGCAUCCAGAAACAUUGACGGAAGUGGUUGCCAAAUUACAGAAUGUGGGGAAGAUAAAAGUGGAAAGCUGAUAAGAGGUGACAUUUUUUUGUAUAGGAAAAUUUUUAUAUUUAUUUUUUAUUAGAAUACGACUGUGACAAUUUUGUUAGACAUUAAAAAGAAUUUGUUAAUUUUUAUA